UUAUUAUUUUCUUUUGGUAUUCUGAAAUCAAACAGAUAAAUACUUCCAGAAAAAUCAUACAAGUUUAAAAAGGGGGAAACCACAGUACCAGUUAUUAAAAAAAAAAGAGCAAACAAGUUAAAGAUAAAGCAAGAAUUUCCAACCUGUCAAUGAUUAAUCUUAGUAAAUAUUUAAACUAUGUAUAAUCAUUUAUUUAUGGAUUAACUUGACUUUAUCUUCUUCGCCUGUGUUUUCAGUAGCUAUUAAGGCGCAGUCCGUUCAUCCAAAUAAUUUCCUUCACUGGAAAAACGUUGGCACACAUGCUCAUCUUCCUCCUUUUUUUCAUUUACCUAGUUCUGAAAACGAAUUAAUACUACAAAAACAAAUUAUAGAAAAACUAGUUCCUUGUAUUGAUGUUUUCAUAGGAUUCCUUAACACACUGUACCUAAAAAAAAAAAAAUGCUUGGACUGUUUUUAGAAGUAACCCCUUGGUGGGUGUGAUCGUGAAAGAUGUAAAAAUCACAAGUGCUAACACCCAAAAUCUAUCACAAGCCCCUCCUAAACUGUAAACAUGCAAAGGACUAUAUUAGAUGAAAUUGGUAUCGGCGUUCACCUGGGACAAUUAUCCACCACGGCUCAGGUACGACUCACGGACCAAAGCAGCAGCAAGGAUGCUUCGAGAUUGGUGGUUGAUAAUGCCAUGGUUCAUCCUGUGUCUUGGACCAUCUCCAUCUAACGCGGGUAUGCUGAUGAGUGAUGGAAAAACACAAAUACGAGAGGUGACAUACCCUGACAGACACCAGUUCUGCAGCACGUGGGGAAACUACCAUUUCAAGACUUUUGGAGGGAAAUUCUUCCAGUUUCCUUUCACUUGUAACUACAUCUUCGCCUCCCACUGUAAAACUAGUUAUGAGGUUUUCAAUAUUCAGCUGCAGCGAGAGGAGGUCGAUGGGGUUGUGUCCAUCAGGAGGGUGGUUAUGAAGCUGGAUGGUUUGGUGGUGGAAUUAGCGAGCAGUUCAAUCACAGUUGAUGGCAAUGGUGUUACGAUGCCGUUCAAAAAGGCUGGCAUUUCAAUCGGCAGUGUUUCGUCCUACGUCAAAAUUGAGACCAGUUUGGGCCUGAUUGCCAUGUGGAAUCAGCAAGACUCCUUUUGGGUGGAGCUAGAUUCAAGGUUCCAAAAUCAGACUUGUGGUCUUUGUGGAGAUCUCGGUGACAUUUAUGUUAAUGAUGAUUCAGUUCAGUCAGAAAGUGCCAUCGAUGCUGAAAUUUAUGCUGAAGAAUUUGAAGUGAAGGAUCCAUCAGGAAGCUGUGAAUCAGUCUCCUCCCAAUCUACAACUUGUACAAAUGAAGACUCCCAAACCAGUCUCUGUACAGAUCUUAUUUAUGGACCUGCUUUCAACAGUUGUCGAAACCUGAUCAGCACUGAUGCCUUCAUCAAAGCCUGUGUGAAAGACCUCUGCUCCUGUAAAAGCAACAGCACUGAAUGCUUGUGUUGGACAGUAUCAGAAUACUCCCGACAGUGCGCUCAUGCAGGUGGUGAACCGCAGCGCUGGGAAAACCAACACUUGUGUGAAAAAACCUGCCCUGACAACAUGGUGUAUAAGGAGUGCGGCAGCCCUUGCACUGACACCUGUAGUAACCAGCAGAGAAGCCAGAUGUGUGAUGAGCACUGCAUCGAUGGAUGCUUCUGCCCAGCUGGGACCGUCUUUGAUGACAUGUCCCAAACUGGAUGUGUCCCUCUUGAUCAGUGCUCCUGCUCCCAUAAUGGCAAGUUAUAUCAACAGGGAGAGUCAUAUCAUCAAACAUGUAAACAAUGCACCUGCUUUAAGGGAGUCUGGAGCUGUGAGGACUUGAGCUGCCCUGGAGUCUGCUCCAUCCUGGGGGGCUCCCACAUCUCUACUUUUGAUGAUAAAGCAUAUACUUUUCACGGAGACUGUUCAUAUGUUCUUUCCAAGGAAACUAAUGGCUAUUUCACCAUUCUGGGAGAUUUGAUUAAAUGUAAAAACUCUGAAAAAUCAACUUGCUUGUCUUCGGUCACUUUAAAGCAUCUAAAUCACACGAUUGAAGUCAAAGACAACAAAGACAUCUUUUUUGACAGCUUUUCCCCAAAACUUCCUCUUUUUAUGGAUGACAUCACAAUCUUCAAACCAUCAUCAUUCUUUACCAUAAUUCAUACCACCUUUGGGCUCGAUAUUGAAAUUCAGCUUGUGCCUGUUAUGCAGAUCUACAUCAAAGCAGACGUGUCCUUGAAAGAAAAACUCAGGGGUCUUUGUGGAGAUUUCAAUGAUGUUGAAGCUGAUGACUUUAGAACUUCAAAUGGAAUAGUUGAGGGAACCGCUGUGACGUUUGCCAACACAUGGAAGGUCAAAGUAACAUGUCCUGAUGUCAAAACUGUUCUUGAAGACCCCUGUGCUCUGAGCAUUGACAAGGAAAAAUUUGCCAAAAACUGGUGCGUCCUAUUGUCAGACCCCACUGGAAUGUUUUCCCCUUGUCACUCUAAGAUCAACCCAGAGGACUAUGAAAAUGCAUGUGUGUAUGACACAUGUGCCUGUGAAAACAGUGAAGACUGCAUGUGUGCCGCCAUCUCCUCCUACGUUCAUGCUUGUGCUGCUGAAGGCAUUUCACUUGAUGGAUGGAGGAGCAACAUGUGUAAUAAAUACACUGAAGACUGCCCGCCCACCUUAGUGUAUAAGUACAAUAUGACAGGCUGUGAUCGCACCUGUCGUUCUCUCAGUCAGCCUGACUUGACUUGUCCAAUUGAGUUCACGUCGGUGGACGGCUGUGGCUGUGCUGAAGGGACCUAUCUUGAUGAAAAAGGAGUGUGUGUGCUGGCCUCAAAGUGCUCCUGCUAUAGAGGAGAUACCCCAGUGCAACCUGGUGACACAACCAGUGGACAAAGUUGCAUCUGCCAUAAUGGGAAACUGAGCUGUAUGGGACAGGAGACAAUUGAAACUUGUUCUGAUCCGAUGGUUUUCUUCAACUGCUCAAGUACAAGUACAGGGGAAAAGGGAGCAGAGUGUCAAAAGAGCUGUCUGACUCUGGAAACAGAAUGUAUGAGCACACAGUGCACCUCAGGCUGUGUAUGCCCUGAUGGCUUGCUGUCAGAUGGUAAUGGAGGUUGUGUAAAGGAGGAGGACUGUCCUUGUGCGCACAAUGGAGAACUACAUAACCCCGGACAAACAAUAACUGUGAACUGCAACACCUGCACGUGCAAAAACAGAAACUGGGAGUGCACGCAGGAAGACUGUACAAGCACUUGUACAAUCUAUGGAGAAGGACAUUACAUCACAUUUGACCAAAAGAAGUUCACCUUCAAUGGGGAUUGUCGCUACAUUUUCACUCAGGAUUACUGUGGGAAUAACAUGGAUGGCACCUUCAGGGUUCUGACGGAGAUGGUCUGUGCUGCAACUGAGAGUGUCUGCUCUACAGCAGUCAAGCUCUUCUUGGGGAAUACAGAAAUUGCUCUGUUAGAUGAAACUGUCCAAAUUACCAAGCAAAAAGAAGGUCCUGACAUACCUUUUAAAGUCCACACCAUGGGCUUGUAUAUCGUCAUUGAGGCAAAGAACAAUCUUGUUCUUGUUUGGGAUAAGAAGACAACCCUUAUGAUCAGACUGAGCUCCGCAUUCAAGGGAAAAGUCUGUGGUCUCUGUGGAAACUUUGAUGGAAAUAUUAAGAACGAUUUCACCACCCAACGAAAAGAAGUCGUCACCGACGCCAUAGAGUUUGGAAACAGCUGGAAAGUGUCUCAUGAAUGUCCAAAUGUGAACGCAACAGAAAACGCCUGCAGUCUGUACUCGCAUAAGAAAGCAUGGGCGCUGAAACACUGCGACAUCAUCAAAAGUGAGGUGUUUUCUCUGUGCCAUUCAAAGGUGGAUCCCCAAAGCUAUUAUGAUGCUUGUGUGAAAGACACAUGCGCCUGCAAUACAGGAGGAGACUGUGAAUGCUUCUGCUCAACAGUUGCAGCCUACGCUGCAGCCUGCAAUGAGUCUGGAGUCUGUAUAAAAUGGAGAACUCCCACCAUUUGCCCUGUGUUCUGCGAUUUCUACAACCCUGAUGGAGAGUGUGAGUGGCAUUAUGCACCAUGUGGAAGACCAUGUAUGAAGACCUGCAAAAAUCCCUCAGGAACAUGCUACAGUGAACUUCCACCAUUAGAAGGUUGUUAUCCAAGCUGCCCUUCUGAAAGAUCAUAUUUGGAAGAGGUUUCCAUGAAGUGUGUGUCCAAAGAAGAAUGUGGCUGCUAUGAUGAUGAUGGGAAGCAUUAUAAAGAUGGGGAGCUCAUGCCUGCAAAGGAAAAUUGCUACACUUGUUACUGUUCUGUAACCAAUACAGACUGCGUCUAUGAUGUACACGCCUGCAACUGUUUUUAUAACAAUGUAUAUUUCGAGUACGGAGAAGAAAUUUAUAACACACACGAUGGAAAUGGAAUCUGCAUCACUGCAACUUGUGGAGAGAAUGGGAAUAUUAUUAGAGGUGUUACACCUUGUCAAACUUCACCAACACAAUCAUCAACAACCGCAUUUGUCUUUACGAACAGUGGUAAGAACUUUAGCGGGAAAAGAUUUUGUAGGGUUUUUUUGAAAGCCUAUCUUUUCACCUCUAUUUUUGUAAAUUUUUAUUUAUUUUUUUUUACUUUCACAGAAACAACAACAGAGUUACCAAGUACAAGACUUAGUCAUAAAACUUCUAGUAUCACCACUGAAGCUGUUUCAAGAAUUUUAACUGUCUCUGUACCAGGGUUUUCACAAAAAACUAGAACAACAAAACCACCAUCAUCCUCCACAGUCACAGAAAAGCCAACUUUAACGGAGACACAGAAACAAAGUGUAAUGCCAACAACAAGAAAAAGCACAGCAUUCACAGAAAAACCUAUAACAUCUUCAAUAGUUACUUUAUCAACCACAGAACUCCCACCAAAACAAAUGACAACUAUUGGUGACUGCUUAGUUUGUGAGUGGUCGGGUUGGAUAAACAAUAUUUACCCUGGCACUUCAUCAACAGGUGGAGAUUAUGAAACAUUUGAUAACAUUACCGAUCCAGAUAUAGGUGCUUGUAAAACACCGAUAGACAUAGAGUGUCGUGCUAAAGAAUUCCAAGAUACACCUUUAAAUGACCUAGGUCAGAAGGUAACGUGUAACCUUGCACGAGGACUAAUUUGUAAUAAGGAAGACCAGAGCCCACCCUUUUGUUUUGAUUAUGAAAUACGAGUAAAAUGUUGUCGUAAUAUUUGCACAACAAACACUAAACAAACCACACUAAGUCUUCCUACUACUUCCACAAGAGAGCUUUACUCAACCCCAACUACUGCAGUCACAAAGAAAACAACUGAAACACAAAACUCAGAAACCCAAUCGACGAGAUAUCCCUCUAUUAUCACAGCAGCACCCACAACACCCUCAAUAAAACAGCCUUCUAAAGAAACUUCACAAUCCACAACACCUGUACUUAGUACAAGUACAGUUGUUUUUGAAACAACAACCACAGGACCUCCAAUCAAAAUCCCCACAACUUCCACAGAAAUUCCUGAAAUAACCACAGAAACACCAAUCAAUACAGCAAUUACAGAGAAAACCACAACAAAGCCAAUUAUUAUUGUUGAAUCCACAACAGAACAACCUUUUGAAGAAGGUUCAAAAUCCACAAUACCUGUACUUAGUACAAGUACAGUUGUUUUUGAAACAACAACCACAGGACCUCCAACCAAAAUUCCCACAACUUCCACAGAAAUUCCUGAAAUAACCACAGAAACACCAAUCAAUACAGCAAUUACAGAGAAAACCACAACAAAGCCAAUUAUUAUUGUUGAAUCCACAACAGAACAACCUUUUGAAGAAGGUUCAAAAUCCACAAUACCUGUACUUAGUACAAGUACAGUUGUUUUUGAAACAACAACCACAGGACCUCCAACCAAAAUUCCCACAACUUCCACAGAAAUUCCUGAAAUAACCACAGAAACACCAAUCAAUACAGCAAUUACAGAGAAAACCACAACAAAGCCAAUUAUUAUUGUUGAAUCCACAACAGAACAACCUUUUGAAGAAGGUUCAAAAUCCACAAUACCUGUACUUAGUACAAGUACAGUUGUUUUUGAAACAACAACCACAGGACCUCCAACCAAAAUUCCCACAACUUCCACAGAAAUUCCUGAAAUAACCACAGAAACACCAAUCAAUACAGCAAUUACAGAGAAAACCACAACAAAGCCAAUUAUUAUUGUUGAAUCCACAACAGAACAACCUUUUGAAGAAGGUUCAAAAUCCACAAUACCUGUACUUAGUACAAGUACAGUUGUUUUUGAAACAACAACCACAGGACCUCCAACCAAAAUUCCCACAACUUCCACAGAAAUUCCUGAAAUAACCACAGAAACACCAAUCAAUACAGCAAUUACAGAGAAAACCACAACAAAGCCAAUUAUUAUUGUUGAAUCCACAACAGAACAACCUUUUGAAGAAGGUUCAAAAUCCACAAUACCUGUACUUAGUACAAGUACAGUUGUUUUUGAAACAACAACCACAGGACCUCCAACCAAAAUCCCCACAACUUCCACAGAAAUUCCUGAAAUAACCACAGAAACACCAAUCAAUACAGCAAUUACAGAGAAAACCACAACAAAGCCAAUUAUUAUUGUUGAAUCCACAACAGAACAACCUUUUGAAGAAGGUUCAAAAUCCACAAUACCUGUACUUAGUACAAGUACAGUUGUUUUUGAAACAACAACCACAGGACCUCCAACCAAAAUCCCCACAACUUCCACAGAAAUUCCUGAAAUAACCACAGAAACACCAAUCAAUACAGCAAUUACAGAGAAAACCACAACAAAGCCAAUUAUUAUUGUUGAAUCCACAACAGAACAACCUUUUGAAGAAGGUUCAAAAUCCACAAUACCUGUACUUAGUACAAGUACAGUUGUUUUUGAAACAACAACCACAGGACCUCCAACCAAAAUUCCCACAACUUCCACAGAAAUUCCCGUGACAAGCACAUGUUCUUGCAAGUACUACAACCAGACCUUCUCUCCAGAUAGCAACAUAUACAACAAGACUGAUAAAGGAGGAUGGUGUUUUGUUGCAUAUUGCACUUUGACAUGUAAUGUUGAAAUAAAACCACAACCAUGUAAUUUUACAACCUUACCACCUCCUCAAACUUCACCAAGUUUUCAAAUCAGCACCACAAGCUCUUCCACACCAGUUCAUGGCCGCUCUACAUCAUCUAGAAUACCACCCCCUUCUGACUUUGCAACAGACUGCUUGUAUCUCAAACCACCCAGAAAGAAUGGGGAAUCCUGGAAAUCGGGCGAAUGCACCACAGAAACGUGCGAGAAUGGCAAAGUCAUCAUAGACCAUGUACCAUGUAAAGAAGUAACUAUCCCUGCUUGUGAAAAUAACCAGCCACCAGUGAGGGUUUAUGAUGAAGGAGGUUGCUGUUUCCACUAUGAAUGCAGAUGUGUGUGUUCUGGCUGGGGAGAUCCUCAUUAUCAGACAUUUGAUGGCCAAUAUUACAGCUUCCAGAAAAACUGCACCUAUGUCUUAAUAAAAGAGAUCCUACCCCGACAUAAUUUUAAAGUUCAUAUUGACAACGAAUAUUGUGAUCGCUCUGGAACUGUGACCUGUGCUAAAGCUUUGAAAGUUUUCUAUAAAAACUAUGAAAUCCUUCUUACACAAAAGAGAGGACUAAAAACUGUAAACACGGUUCUCGUCAAUGACAAACAAGUGAUUCCAGCCUACUCAAAUAAAGAUUUCACCAUCACAAGCACUGCAAUUGAACUUCUUUUGAAGAUCCCUGAAAUUGGAGCCAUUGUGACAUACAAAGGACUUUUAUUCAGUGUUGAACUGCCAUUUUCUCUUUUCCAUGACAACACAGAGGGACAUUGUGGUACCUGCGAUAAUAACAGGGCAAAUGACUGCAGAUUACCAAGUGGCAAGAUUCACCCACUCUGCUCUAGUAUGGCAAAUGAGUGGCAGGUACCUGACAAAAAUAAGCCAUAUUGCAACAAGACCACUCCUGGAGUUACUCCCAGUGUUACUUCCAGACCUGGACCAACUCCGUCAACGUGCAAAUCUGAGAUCUGUGAAGUUUUAAUCAGCAAGGUAUUUGAGGAGUGCCACAAAGAAAUUUCUCCUGAAGCUUUUUAUAAGGCCUGUAAAUUUGAUGUUUGCCACAUGUCAAAUAUGUCAGUGGGCUGUUCCAGCCUGGAGGCGUAUGCCCUCAUGUGUGCUGAGCUAUCUGUUUGUGUGUCUUGGAGAAAAGCUACAAAUGGCAAAUGUGAAUAUAAGUGUCCACAAAAUAAAGUCUACAAGCCUUGUGGGCCAACUGUUGUACCCACCUGCAAUGCAAGAUACAAUGAAAAGUCUCUGCAGCAGUGCCAGGGGGAGGGAGAUGACCAGAACACAGGUUGCACUGAAUUCAUGGAGGGAUGUUUCUGCCCAGAUGGAAAGACUCUGUACAGUCCAACUUCCGACAUCUGUGUCUCUUCCUGUUGCACUGGUCCUGAUGGACAGCCUAAACAGUUGGGUGAGAAGUGGCAGGUCGGCUGUAAGCAGUGUGUCUGUGACAUCAACUCUCAGAGUGUUGAGUGUAGACCUCUGGAGUGUCCGACUCAAGAACCAUUAAAGUGCACAGAGGAUGGUGAGGUUUUGGUAAAUCGCACAGUUGACUGCUGUGAGAGACUAACAUGUGAGUGUGAUAAGAACAGCUGCUCUCCUCAAACCCAAGAGUGUCAACUGGGAUAUGAAUUGAAGGUUCAUGUCUCAAAUGAAAGCUGCUGUCCUGUCUUCAGCUGUGUGCCAAAGGGUGUCUGUGUCUACAAUGAUACUGAGUACAAGCCUGGUAAAAUGUUCUCCAAAAGCCCAUGUGAAACCUGCCACUGCACCAACAACCAGGAUCCCAGCACCAAGCUGAACACCAUUGAAUGUCAUAAGAUGCAGUGCUCUGCCUCAUGUGACAAGGGCUUUGUGUUCAUGGAUCAGCCUGGACAAUGCUGUGGAUCAUGUGUUCAGACUAGAUGUGUUUUUGUUCCACCAGAAGGUACCUCUCCAGUACUUUUGGAGCCUUCUGAGUCAUGGUCCCCACCAAAUGAUAACUGUGUCAGGUAUGACUGCCAAAAGGUGAACGAAGAGUUCAUUGUUUCCAGAAACCAAACAACCUGUCCUGAAUUUGAUCCUGACAACUGCAUCCCUGGAACAGAACAAACUGACGCAAACGGCUGCUGCAAAACUUGUACUCCCCGCUACAGCUGUCAGUUGAACAGGACCACCACCUUCCUGGUGAAAGGGAACUGCAAAUCCGCUGAACCAGUGGAGCUCACCUCCUGUAGGGGAUCCUGUGGAGCCUCCUGGUCAAUGUACUCAAUGGAAGAUGGCAUGAUGAUGCAUUCUUGCUCCUGUUGUAAAGAAAUGACCACCAGUAAUAAGACUGUGGAGAUGAUCUGUGAUGAUGGCGAAAGACCGUAUCACACCUACAUUUCGGUGGAAAAGUGUGGUUGUGAGGACGCUGAAUGUGAAGAGGAGGAGGAGGACAACAUCUCGACAGAGGAGGAAGAGGGGAAAGGGAAAAACAAAGGGUGGAAGAGAUGGAAUAAAAACAAGAAGAGAAAGAAUAAAAAGGGAGAUGGAAACAAUGAAGGGGGGAAGGGAAAGAAUAAAGAGGGGGAGGAAAAGAGUAAUGAGAGCGGAGGAAAGAGUAACGAGAGCGGAGAAAAGAGUAAUGAGAGCGGAGGAAAGAGUAAAGAGAGAAGAAGAAAGAAAAAUGAGAGAGGAGGAAAGAGUAACGAGAGCGGAGGAAAGAGUAACGAGAGCGGAGGAAAGAGUAACGAGAGCGGAGAAAAGAGUAAAGAGAGCGGAGGAAAGAGUAAUGAGAGAAGAAGAAAGAAAAAUGAGAGGGGAGGAAAGAGUAAUGAGGGCGGAGGAAAGAGUAAUGAGAGCGGAGGAAAGAGUAAUAAUAAAGGAGAAAAGAAUAGUAAGAGAAUGUCAGAAAGAAAGGGAAAAAUAAAGGAGUUUGUAGUCUGAGCAUAAUAAUAAACACAAUUAAACUAUAUGUCAGACCAACAAACAGACUUUUGGGUCUAAGCAACUCUUAAUACUCUUGCAUACUUUUAAAAAAGCACGACUGUGCUGGAUCUAAUUUUAUCUUCACUUCUUAAACUGGAUUCUGGGCUUUCUCUGUUCCUGUUUGUGUUUUAUUUUUUGCUUUGUUUUGUUUCUGGCAGUUAAAAAUGUAAUGCUUCAAACUUUUCUCUACUAUGUCAUUAAAGAGCAAGUCAAAUGAAAA